AUGGUUCAGCCUCUCUAUAGCUCCACUCGGGGCUCCUCCCCUUGCGGGGGCGGCAUUACAUCUGAGCUCAAACAGGCUUCCCUGCAUCCUUGGGGCAUGAUCGACUGGUACCUUUUCUUGUCCACGAUUGAGAAGGAUCAGGAAUGGGAGUCACUCAUUUUUGACAGCCAGAUGUUGGAGAUGUACGGGACCCGCUCGCAAAGCUUCCGGGUCCUGAGUCUCAGCAAGGACGACGACAACUACUAUGAUAACGAGCCCGCCUGGGAGCAGCCCAUCAUCGUCUUCUCCUCCCUGCCUUUACCCUGCUCACACAGCGACCAGGAAUGCAGUCUCGUUCUGGCUUUUGAUCUCACAAAUGCAUCGCUCCUCGCCUUCCUCUUUCCCUCCGCUCCCCAGACCCUGGACACCUUACGCAGUGUCUGGGAUGAAGGUGAACUGGUCAUCAACGUCCCCCUCGCCCGAUUCCAGGCCGUACUUGACUACACAAUGGCUGGCCACCCGCAGACGCUGUGGAUCGGUGUCUUCAAUUACUUCCGCGAGAGCACGCGUGAAUUCCCUGCCGGUCUAGAUCUUCUUCUGGUUAUCCAGUUCGUGCAGUUUGUCAAUGAUUACACAGAAUUUCUCGCCGCACUUGACAUCAAACUACCCGCAUGCCUGCGGUCGCAUGAGCUGGGACUACGCGCUCUGCUAUGCCGUGCCUCGCAAGAGGCCUGGAUCGCCACGCGCGAUGGGCUGAGUGCGUCGCAGUUUCUGGAGCGCAAAGUUGGCGAGCUUCUGGGUUCGGAGAUGUUGCCGAUCCAGGCACCGGCGCUAUUCUGUCCCGGCGUCGGCCAGGAGGGGACCCAGACAACGGAUGCGCUGGCGAUGCGUCAGUGGGUUCGCGUUCUAGGCUCCGUGCUGGGACUCCCUGCCCAGGCUGUGCAGACACUGGAGGUCGUUGGAUUAGCGACACUAAAUACAGUGCUCGUGCUCACCAUUGUUUGCAGCUUGUGGGCGCAGGGCCAUGCGGAGCUCCCGCUACCUUAG